AUGUCUGAACGCCGAAUCGACGUGAACCGCAGCAACUACUCGGUGAUUGACAACGAGUUCGGCAACAUGCGCAAUCGUUUCGAGCAGGAAAGGCACCGCGUCGAGGAGGAAAUGCGUCGUCUUCGCUCCGAGUUCGAAGGUACUUUAUUUUAUAUAAAAAACGGGGUCAUUUUUUCCAAUAAUAAUAAUAACAAUCUUCCUUGAAUAUAUUAAAAACAUCAGAAAAAAAUAUAAUGAUAGUACAAAUUAUACAACAAGAAAAAUAAUUUAGAUGGGUUUUAAGUUUCCUUACUGCAAUAAAUGGUUUGCAUUUUUGAGAUAAAGGCAUUGAGUAAUAGUAAAUGUUUCGACUGAGGUAAUGUGGAAGAGAUAAGUAUAUAUGCAAAGCAGGGAUAAGUAUGUUUGAAACGUGUAUGAACAUAUAAAUAUAUUUGUACACGUUUCAAACACGCUGAGAUCGAUGAGGUUAUUUUUUAACAUAUCGGAGCAAUAAGAGAAGGAUUCAGGAGAGACGCUCAAUAUCAAAAAAGAAAAUGGCAAAGUCCGAUUAGGAAAAGGAUUGUUUUUGAAGAUCACGAAGACCAGCAACUGA